UACGCACAAAUAACUUACUUUUAUAUUUUAUGACAAAAAAAUACUUUUUUUGAACUGUUAAGCCGACCUUGAAAUGAAGAAAGCCACGCGUUCAUCAGGGACGAUGCUUAUAUCAUAUUCAUGUGUACGUUUCACCUCUCUUUUCUCUGGCAACUAAAUUUGCGCAAAGCUAAAAUUUGGGGAGUAGAGAGAUUAUACAGGGAGGAGACGGAACCUUAAGAACGCGUACAAGAAGGUUUGAUUUCACUCUCCCGCCUCCAUUCAUCAACCCCCGUUCUUCUAUUCGCCGUCACCUUCGUCGUGUUCUUCUUCUUCUACGACGAGGGUAGCUGUUAACUAUGUCUACUUUGAAUUUCCCUCCGGUGCUUCCUUCUCCCAGAGACGAUGCCAUUCUUCUCCACAAAGCUUUCAAAGGAUUCGGGACUGACACCUCGGCAGUUAUAGAUAUUCUGGCCCAUCGAGAUGCAGCACACCGUGCCUAUAUCCAACAUGAGUACCGAACAAUGUUCUCGGAGGACAUCUUCAAGCGCUUGUCAUCAGAACUUAGUGGCAAGCUGGAGAAUGCAGUUCUUAUGUGGAUGCAAGAUGCCCCAGGAUGUGAUGCUGUGAUUGUCAGGCAGGGUUUGAUGUCUGAAACAACUAAUUUGGAUGCCGUAACUGAAGUGAUCUGUUCCCGUACGCCUUCACAGAUACAGUUGUUCAAACAGCACUACUAUGCGAGGUUUCGUGUUUACCUCGAGCAUGAUAUCGAAACUCAUACUUCUGGAGAUCAUAAAAGGUUGUUGCUUGCUUAUGCAAGCACUCCCCGCUACGAAGGCUGGGAAGUUGACAAAGAGGUGGCUGAGAAUGAUGCCAAGACACUAUACAAAGCAGGGGAGAAGAGGUUGGGAACUGAUGAGAAGACAUUCAUCAACAUUUUCAGCUCGCGCAGCUCUGCUCAUUUGGCUGCCGUUGAUGCUGCUUACCAGAACUUAUACGGACACGACCUGAAAAAGGCUGUGAAAAAGGAAACAUCAGGACAUUUCAAGCAAGGACUUUUGACCAUUCUGUUGUGCUCAGAGAAUCCUGCAAAGUACUUUGCAAAGGUGCUGCACAAGGCGAUGAAGGGUCUGGGCACCAAUGAUACAGCACUGAUACGGGUAAUCGUGACGAGGACCGAGAUCGAUAUGCAAUACAUCAAGGCCGAGUACCUGAAGAAAUACAAGAAGAAACUUAAUGAUGCUGUUCAUUCUGAAACAUCAGGGAGUUACAGGAAGUUCUUGCUUGCCCUUCUGGGACCUGCCGAUUGAGGUGUUGGUGUGUUUGAACCAGAAACCUAUGAUGUACUACUACUUGUCAUGCAUGUCUGUGUUAUGUAAAUUAGGUGUUUAGGAGGUUUGGUAUGCUGUGGAUUGAUGAACUUCUUCAUGGGGUUGGUCUCUUCUGUGGUUUACUUCAUGCUUCCAGCAUUUUGUUGUAUAUAUGAGUGAUUUCUAUCUGCUUACCAGCUUUAGAGUGUCGAGGUAGCUUCAGUUAUGAGUUAAUGACAGAUUAUCGAUUCGCUUGAUUUCCGACGAAAUGUAAACCAAACCGUUAAGGGGCCUUAACAUGGUCACAUCAAAGAGAAAUGUAGCGAACAAAAUCAUUCAUUACGUUUGUGUAAAAUAUUUGCAACUCUAAACUCGAAAAAAGAUACGAACACGAUGAACGCUUUAAAGUCGAAUCAAGAAGUAUGAAAUCUGCGACAACGAGAGCUAAAAAGUUGAACUGGAAGUGAUAACUCAUAAAAGUGGCUAGAAGUGCUUUCGCGAGAGGUUGGACUUGGACAUAUUUGGGCCUUAGUCUUGUGUGGUGUAGUUUAUGCCUCGUGGUGAUGGACCAACUUUACUCAAUCUAUUGGGCUUAAAACGGUGGAUAUCUUAUCAAUGGGCUUGGAUGAGCCCGUUUUGUGCUUAUUGGAAUUGCUUGGGUAGCGAACUCGUAAUAGAGCCCAUUUUCAGUAUAUGAUUCGUUGAGGGUGGACUCCGUUUGGACUUUAUUUCCUUCUGCUUUGCUCUUUUUCUUCUUGAGCUUCAAGCUUGGCGAUGGCAAUGGCCAAUGAUAUCUCAUAUAUCUAGUCUAGGGGUGGAGGGCCAGUUGGUCCGGUUAUAAUCGAUAACCGACAACCAAACCACCUAUCAAUUCUACCGACCACCGAUCGAAAGAGGGCUUAAGCCUUCGGUUAGCUCGGUUUUUGGUUAACCGAACAGCCCUCAAGACCAAAACUCAUAUCACCCAGCCUCCGAACACCGACUGAAUUUCGUUUUUAUCAGUUAUUAGUUAGUGGAUAACUGGUCGGUUUGGUUUUAACCAGUCGGUUAAUCGCUAACCGAUUGACCAGCCCUACACAUAUCCCAUACAUUAUGCAAAUUUAUCAUAUACAAAAAGUUCCCAAACCUGCCAUCCGUCCAAAAUUUUGUUAGUUUUGUGUUAAAUGUGAUUGACUUGAUUCGUUCAAAAAGUGAAAUGACCAAAUUACUUUUUAACUUUCACGGACAAGGAAAAAGGAUAAAAAAAAAUCUCUUAUAUCAUCCUUUUGCUCUUGGGUCCAUCUAUUGCUCUAGAGCGUGUCAAACAAUACGAGGGCAAAUUGAGAAGCAUGUUUGCCUUGAAAAGGUUGAGAUACCAAAUCUCUGUUAAAAGGAUUUCUAUAGAGAAGAGAGGUUCCUGAUGAUCUCUAUAUUGCAAUACGCUCGAUCAUUAACUCUUCGUAUUGCUGCCGACAAUUCCGAAAAAUCAUAUAAUGAGUGUCUAUUUUAACCAAAAUUUUGAGAGUGAAAAUUUUUGUGCAUUAGAAUUUCAAAGAUUAGGACUCAAAUUCUACAAAUGAAAGGCUAAUGUAAAGCUAUAUAAAAGCCAAACUACUUUGAAUUUUUAUCUCUUUUUAAAUCGUUCAUUUUAUCCAACAAAAAACAAAGCUUGUAAUCUUCUCUUUUCAAAAAACCAUUCCAACACCACCUCGUCAGUGGGAAGCAUGCACCAUUGAUUAGUCGAGAGAGCUAGGGUUCCCCCUUUUACUCUUCCUAGCUACCUCCUUUGUUUGAGUUGUCUUCCCUUUCCUAAUAUUGAAAGCAAAGAAAAGCUGUGAUGAGAGCUUUCUCGUUGACUUAACCCCAUAAAAGUGUGGCAAAUUUUUAUAGGGUAGUAGUAGUAGUAGUAAAAGGGAAUCCAAUCCCAUCCCAUCCCACACCAACAACAAAACAAAAGCUUAUUGCAUGUCCCCUUUCUUUUAUUCUCUUUCUUGUUCGCCAUAUGAUAUGCUUUGCCCAUCUAGUAACACCAACUUUUGUUAGCAAGUUAUAUAUGAUGUAUAAUUGAAGUAGUUAUGGAGGCGUUUAACGAUUCCAUUUGACAUAAAAUCGAGAAACAGAACACUUUAGAUACAUACGGCUUAGUAUGAUUCUUCAAAUUUAAUUAGGACCUUAUACUCUCCUUGACGUUAGCUCAACUUAGGACCCCAAUUAGAUCAAAGAUCAUUAGAUACACAGGCUUUAGUAUAAUUAAAUUUUUUAGGGACCCCAGUCGACUCGAAGUUUGGUCGCGCCACUGAAUUGAACCUCUUCUAAAAAAAACUCGAGUUAUCGGGAGAAACAGGUUCUGACAAAGUAUCAGAGUUUUCUGUGAUCGAUAGGUCUUCUAUUGGAUUGGAUAUCAGUAACUUCUGCCGGUAUGUAAGCACAUGGGGUCUGAUAUAAGGUGAUGCAUGUGCACACUUCAAGCCUGCAUGAGUAGCUUUGGUGUGAGAGCGCGUGAUCAACUAGUUCUUGACACCGAUAUAUAUAUGAUUUGAUUCUUUGGUAAUAGAUCUCCACCGUUGAUCAUGCAUGGCUUUGAUUGAAAUGCAUGCCAUUCUCUUCUCCUCCAUCAUGAUCUUCUUCUUUACUCAUUGCUAGUUGUUUGUCGCGCUCUAGCUUCUUAUAGCUAAUCCAUCAUAGCACCGAGUUGUCUAAGGAGCAUGUGUGCGUGCGUGCACUCGAUGCAUGGCGAAAGCAUAGCAAUAAGGAGCUAAGGGAAAGGGAGGGAGAAAGAUGGCAAGAAACAAAGUGGUAUAUGGUUUUGGUUCCUUAUUGAUGUUGUUUUCUGCUGUGGGGGAGAGGGAAUAUAAAGCUUUUUGCCAUUGUCAAAAAGAUGGGGCAUUUUCCUCCCCUUUUAACAAAAGGUUGGCUUUUUGUAGUGCUAGAGAGAGAGAGAGGGAUGACGACGAUGAUGGAGGUUUUGUAGUAAAGUUAAGUGGGAAUAGGGGAACUCCACUCCACUCAAUGCUGCCUCCAAUUUCUCAUAAUUAGGAAUCACAAUUAGCAAGUUCUAGUGGGUAUCUCGAUGUCUAUACAUAUUGUUGUUUUCAAUAUUUUUUUCUACUAGUAAUUAAGAAUGAUAAUGGGAAGAUCAGCUGGGUAUCUCGGUAUUCAUAUAUGUUUUAUGAUAGUUUGGGUGUGGAUCAAGUUAUAUAUAAGAAUUGUGGGUUGGGUUAGAUUGAAUCAUUAGUAUAUGUACUUGAAAGGAAAGUAGUAUUGAUUUUUUAUUAAAAUAAUGAAUAAUCGAACUAUAACAUGAUAAAUGUUAUUAAAUUUUUUUUUUUUAAAUUGAGAUUUUCAACUGUUUACAAUUUUAUUCUAACUAAAAUAUGAGAUGAUAAAGGUAAAGUAUUAAAUAAUUUGAGUAAAAUUACAUACAAAGUAAGAAGAAAAAAACGAGUGUAGAACAAAGCGGGUGGUACCGAAUAAAGUACUCAUACAGUCAUACCCAUCCUAUCCCACCUACAACUCGAAUUGGGAAACAAAUCAAAUCAAAAUUUUCAUCCUACUCUUAAUAUGUUGACACCAAAGCACAACGCUUUAGCUUUGAGGGUUGCGAAUAAAGACUUGGUUUAGUAGUAAAACUACCUUGAACCUGAAAGUUACUUGGUUUAAGUAUUAAGAAUUGCGAAUAAAGUUAAAGACUUGGU